AUGACGAUUGCACACGCACACAAACUGCUCGACCAGGAACUCCUCACCGUUCCGGAAGCCCUUUUGGGUCAGCAUCAAGAUGUGCGACAGGCGUUGGUUUCGCUGGUAGGCGCCGUCGAUGGUGAGUCCGAAGCCACCGUCGCUGCUGGUGCAAUGCUCCACCCACCGAUGAACACCCUCUCUCUCCCCCUCCCCCCUCCCACCUCCCACCCCCCACGUUUUUUGGUCGUGCGGUCGGGGGCGGAGGCCGCGGGGAUCGACUUGGACCCGGCGGGGGCGGCGGUGGUAACGGUGGAGGCAUGCGGGGCGCUCAAGGGUGUCCUCGCUCGUCAAAAGGGUAUUCAGGGAACAUUGAUGUGGGAGAUGUCGGAGGAUACGGUUGACUUCCAGUUGACGCAGGCCUUGCGAUUGGGUAUGGGUCUCCGAGCGACCGGGUGA